AUGCCACUGCUGCAAAUCAUUGGGACUACGGGACUACACAAGAGCUACAGUGUAGCCUUUGGUAUUGCCUCCAAGGAAGACGAAGGCGCCUUCAACUGGAUUCUCUCACAUCUCUACGAUACCGGCCGACGGGCCAGCAUUCCUGCUCCUGGCGUUGUUAUUACUGGUUUUGACAAAGCCCUCAAGAACGCCCUUUCCUCUGUUUUCCCCUUUACACAGCAACAACUCUGCGUCUGGCAUAUGAUGAAAAACGUGAUCCUACAUAUCAAGAAGAAGUGGGUUGGUAGCCUCGAAGACACUCGCCUCGGCGCCGCGGCUGCCCUCGCAAACGACCGAACGAACGCCAACGCUAUCGAGGACCGACCGAUCGAUCAUACCGCCGAGGCACAGAUACAACAUGCCUCCCAGCUAGCGGACCAAUAUCUCGAUGAAGAACAGGAUGACGAAGGGAACCCAAUCCCGCCGCCGCCGCCAAAACGGACCUUUAAGCAUACAGCUGACGUGCCCGGCGCCGCGCACGCGAAUAUCUCCACGGCCAGCAGCCCAAUCGAGGCCAUUCCGGGGCCUGGGGGACUAAUCCACCCGGCGGCGCGUUUGGUCGAGGAGCACCCGUAUAGGCUACCGUCCGUCGAGAUAUUUGCGUUGCAGCGCCGCGAAUGGGUAAUGGGGGCUAGGCUCGGCUACAGGAACUGCGAGAUAGUAAUGCACUGA